AUGGACCGUUUGCUGGGCGGCCACAAUACUAGUGACGAGGAGUUCGAGCGUCAGCUAGAGGAAGCUGAAAUAGCUCAGGAGGAAGAGCGUGAUAGACGGAAACGAUCCAGUCGGCGAACUUCCGCAGGCAUUGUUACGAGCAUAUCUUCUGGACAGUCGGUUUUUCUUGAUCAAGAAACAUCUGGUCCUGGGAAGGGUGUUCAUAGCCACCAUAAGACAACUGCUCAAUUUCCACUGGUAAUCGCUCACAGGAUAGACAAAAUCGGUGAAGAAGAAGGUUACGAUACGGAUCAUCAAGAUUACUGCGAAGUUUGUCAACAGGGUGGCGAAAUCAUGUUAUGUGAUACCUGUCCACGCGCUUAUCAUUUGGUCUGUCUUGACCCGGAGUUAGAGGAAGCUCCAGAGGGUAAUUGGUCCUGCCCUCAUUGUGAGAAGGAGGGAAUCACUUCGGGCUCAGUUUUGGAGGCCAAGGUUAACGAACCCAAAAGCUCUGGAAAAACGAACAAGCAGGCCACCGUUGCUUCACCGGAAAAAGAUGAGCACCAAGAGUUUUGCACCGAAUGUCGUGAUGGUGGUGAUCUAAUUUGCUGCGAAAAUUGCCCUGCUAGUUAUCAUAUGGGUUGUUUAGUUCCACCGCUAUCCAGCAUCCCAGAAGGUGUUUGGCUGUGUCCUCGUUGUGGCUGUAAACCCCUCAAGGCUAGAGUUUCUAAAAUCUUAACCUGGCGUUGGUUCGAACCACCAAAGGAAAAUGAUGAACUUGACCACACUCAUUCCUCACGCGAAGUCAGUUCGGGCGACUGUGUGACUGACAGAUCUGUAAAGGACUUCGUUCUAGCUGAUUCAGGCCUCAGUAGAAAACUUACUGCUGCGAUUGAUCAGCCAGAUCCCACUCAUAAUAAACUCAACAACGCCUCCAAGCCAGACGGUCCACUUCAGUCUUUGAGUUCAAAAGGCGCCACCACCGGAAUGAACAGUAGAACUUCAUUGGAUGGACUGUCCUGUACGACUACCAAACCCGUCGUUAUUCGGCGCCCUACAAGGGAAUUUUUUGUCAAAUACGUUGACCUAUCCUACUGGCAUUGUGAAUGGCUCAGUGAGUUACAGAUGGACGUGCAUCAUCCCAUUAUGUUAAGAAACUAUUUCAAAAAGAACGACAUGGAAGAACCUCCUUUGCCGGAAGAUGGUAGUGCCUAUAGAGGAAGAGCCCGUGAAAAAGCCGCUGACCCGCACAAUCUCGAAGAACGUUUUUACAAAUGGGGUGUUCGCCCUGAAUGGCUUCAAAUACACCGCAUAAUUGAUCAUCGAACUGGCCGAGGGAGUCAGGAGUGGUUCCUAGUAAAAUGGCGUGAUUUGUCCUACGACGAGUGCACCUGGGAACCUCCAGACAGUGACAUCACCGACAUGUCACGAUUUAUCGAGGAGUAUCGUACGAUGCGCCAAGUGUUCCAGGGCAACCUCUGCAUAUCCGUCGCUCUGGACGGGACCCAAUCCCUUGUCAGUAUGUCACGGAAACAUAAAAUUAACCGUCGAGCAUCUAGGGAGGCGGCGGCUGAAAAGUUGCGUCCGGAGCUUUUACGUAAACUGCCUCCCGAUCGUUGUCUUGCAGAUCUCAAGAAACAAUAUACCGUGCAACCCAAAUUCUUGGACGAAACUGGUGGACAAUUACAUGAAUAUCAACUGGAGGGUGUUAACUGGUUGCGCUUUUCCUACGGGAACAAAGUGGACACCAUCCUCGCUGACGAAAUGGGCUUAGGAAAGACCAUCCAGACCAUAGCAUUUUUAUACUCCCUGUACAAAGAAGGCCAUUCUCGCGGACCGUUUUUGGUGGCUGCCCCAUUAUCUACCAUCAUUAAUUGGGAACGUGAAUUUGAAUUUUGGGCCCCUGAUCUCUACGUGCUCUCUUAUGUUGGCGAUAAGGAUUCUCGAACUGUGAUUAGACAACACGAGUUCUCUUUCGACGAAGGCGCCAUCCGUGGGGGUUCGAGAGCGAUGCGGAUGCGUAGUGGCACUGCGGUUCGUUUUCACGUCCUGCUCACCAGUUACGAGUUGAUCAGCAUCGACCAAGCGCUUUUGGGUUCUAUCGAUUGGGAAGUGUUGGUAGUGGACGAGGCCCACCGCUUGAAAAACAACCAGUCCAAGUUCUUCAGAAUUUUGGCCAGCUACAAAAUCGCCUACAAGCUUCUUCUCACAGGUACACCGUUGCAAAACAACUUGGAGGAAUUGUUCCAUCUGCUUCACUUCAUGACCCCAGAGAAAUUCCAUGAUAUGCAGGGAUUUUUAGACGAAUUUGCUGACAUCUCGAAAGAGGAGCAAGUCAAAAAGUUGCAUGACAUGCUUGGACAGCAUUUACUUCGUCGUCUGAAGGCUGAUGUACUACAAAACAUGCCUUCAAAGGGAGAGUUUAUCGUGCGUGUCGAAUUGAGUCCAAUGCAAAAGCGAUAUUACAAGUUCAUUCUCACUCGCAACUUUGAAGCUCUAAGCUGUCGUAGUGGUGGAUCUCAUGUCUCAUUGCUGAACAUAAUGAUGGAUUUGAAGAAAUGUUGCAAUCAUCCAUACUUGUUCCCCUCGGCUGCAGAGGAAGCACAACGUCUGUUAACUGGAGUCUUUGAGGGUAACACUCUUCGCAAAGCCUCCGGCAAAUUGGAGCUCAUGAGCAAAAUGCUACGCAACCUUCAUGAGACCAAGCAUCGUGUUCUCAUUUUCUCUCAGAUGACUAAGAUGCUUGACCUACUGGAGGAUUUUCUGGAUUUCGAGGGCUACAAAUUUGAGCGCAUAGAUGGCGCAGUCACUGGACAAAUGCGACAGGACGCUAUUGAUCGGUUUAACGCUCCUGACUCACCUUCUUUCGUUUUUCUUCUAUCCACUCGGGCCGGUGGUUUGGGGAUUAACUUGGCUUCCGCAGACACUGUGAUCAUCUAUGAUUCCGAUUGGAACCCCCACAACGAUAUUCAGGCUUUCUCGCGUGCCCAUCGCAUUGGCCAAUCAAACAAAGUCAUGAUCUACCGUUUUGUCACGCGGGGUACUGUUGAGGAGCGUGUCACACAGGUGGCAAAGAAAAAGAUGAUGCUUACUCAUCUGGUCGUUCGUCCUGGGAUGGGUGGCAAAGGUUCUUGUCAAAUGUCAAAGAAGGAGCUGGAUGACAUUUUGAAGUUUGGCACAGAAGAUUUGUUCAAAGAGGGAGAGGAAGACAAAGAGGACGAGCACUGCAUCGUGUAUGAUGAUGCGGCCAUUAGUCGUCUACUGGACCGAAGCCAGCAGGGGAUGGAGGAAAAGGCCAUAGAGAUGAACGAUUAUUUAACCUCCUUCAAGGUUGCCCACUACGAGAAAAAGGGCGUGAUGGAGGAAGAGGAAGAAGAGUCUGACGAAGAGGAUGAACAUCGUGAGGUGAUCAAACAGGAAUUAGAUCCAGCCGAUCCAACCUACUGGGAGAAACUACUCCGUCACCAUUUCGAGCAAUCUCAAGAGGACCAGUCUCGAGUACUUGGUAAAGGCAAGCGCUUGCGAAAGCAGGUAAACUAUUCGGCCACCCACGAAGAGGAGGAAGAGUGGAAUCAGGCAAUAAGUGAUCACGAGAGCGAUUACUCCAACAAGGACGAGGAUGAUGAAGAGUACAACGAACGGACGGACGCUGGAGGUGAUGUGAACUGCAUGGUGCGUCGAACUCGUCGUGAUCGUGAAGGUCGACUCCCCCCAUUGUUGUGUAGGGUCAGCGGUCAAAUAGAAGUUCUUGGCUUCAACGUCAGGCAACGUCGCUCUUUCCUAAACGCCAUUAUGCGGUAAGCCACGUGUGUCUAUUUUCAUUCUUGAUAGUAUUUAUCUCUCAGUGGAUG